AUGGCCAUGAUGGACUCGUCGGCAUGGAAUGUAUCGGAUCACCCGAUGCAUCCCACAACCGACGAUGACUUCCAGCAGUUCCUAGACAUGAACGGGAUGAGCAACCUGGCCGACAGCUUGAGCUACGAGUUCCAGGACUUUCAGUCUCCGGCCGGUGCCCACUUGCUGCAGGCCUCCUCUUCUCGCGACCACCACCUCGACACUCCCAUGAGCGGCACCGACACCCCAAUCCUACUAUCGCGAGCCGAGUCGGCGCUCCAGCAUCAGAUUCCCGCCAUAACAACCAGUGCCUCUUUCCAGACCAUUCCGGCCACCAUGAUGCCGCCUCCCACCCCCAGCGAGGCCAUUGUCGACAGCAUCGAUGCCCAGAUCCAGUUCCUCCAGCAGCAAAAGUUACAGCAUCAGCAACGGCAGAUCGAGGAGCAGCAGGCCGCAUUCUUCGUCCGCCAUCAAGACCGCAUGGUACCUCCUACCCCUCAGAGUAUGGACCUCCAAGCUGGGACCAACCAGUUCUUCUCCCAACCCAACGGAACGGAUCAACACCAGCAGCAGCACCAGCAGCAGACACCGGGGAUAGAUUACCGGUACCAGAGGCUGAAAGAGCAGCAGGAUAUGUCAUUCACGCCAUUGGUGUCGCCAGCAGUGACCCCGCUCGAGACACAUUUCCCAAUUGAUAACCAGUUUACCGUCCCGGGAGCUUACUUCAGCCCGUUGUCUUCGCCGGCACUUCACGCGCAGAACGAUUCGAUGGCCAUAUUCAAUCAAAGACACGGCGCCGCGACGACGAGCUCGCCAGGAGACAUGGACCUGGAAACAACGGGACCCCCCUUGCCGAACCCCGGUUUGGGAGAUUUAGCCAAGAAGAUCCGAAAGAACGCGUCAAAGGCAAGAAGCAAGGUGGGCGUCAAGCAAUCGCCAAUCUCUAAGCCGAUGAGAAGGAAAACCACAACUACGCCAACUAUGAACGCACUUGUGCUGAGUGACCUUGUCGAAAGUGCCGAGCAAGGCCCAGAUCGCCACCCCCAGUCAUGUACGCCGCUGGUCCAGACCUCGGCUUCAUCCACGACAGGGGCAACGGACUCGGAAAACGGAUCGGUUUCUCCUCAAGCGCUGAACGACAUGAUGCCGAUAGAGAUGCCGCCCCCUCCGAUCCCAAAACCACGAUCUGCGAAGCCCUCUCCUUAUAUCGCGCCGCAAAGCAGUGGUGUUAGCACCGGCCUCCAGACUCUCCAGCCGGGGGCCUUGUCGCCGGCAACACCUGCAUCGCUGAUGAAACUAAGCUCCCCGAAUAACCGCAAUUCAAUGGGGGGCACCAGCAGCCAAGACCCAGGCGACACGGAACACAUUGAGAGUUUUGAACUCCCAGAGCCUGCUAGCGCCCCAAAGCCGGCCCGGCCUUCGGUGAUCACACGAACGCCAACUCUAUCGGCGCCAGAUGCUAACCCCGUCAAGACGCCAGGCCUCACACCACUUCCGUCUCCUCGGUCGGCGAGGCCGCCGGCGACAACGCCGACAACGCAAAGCCCGCAGUUGAUGAUGAGGCCUGGGUCGGAGACGAGGAAGACGCCGUUGCUGUUGCCGAGGGGGAGCAAGAAGCGGCCGAGCGUGAGCUCGGUUCAGGUUUCGCCAGCGUUACGGCCCAAGAUCUCGCCCAACAUCAAGCCGUUACUGCCGGGAGGGGCCUCGGCCGAGGACACGGCUUCGCAUCUCUUGGCGACAAAGUCCAACUACCAACGCAUCCUCGAGGGCAACACGGUGCCCGGCGUGUCGUAUCCGAGCGAGCUGUCGACAAAUCUGACGUCAAAGCGGACGUCGCACAAGAUUGCGGAGCAGGGACGGCGGAACCGAAUCAACUCGGCACUUCAGGAGAUUGCCACCCUGUUGCCUCAGGCACCUAAAGACAUCAAGGAGAGCAAAGAGAGCGAGGGAGAUUCGGACAACAAGAAGGACAAGUCGGGCAACAGCGUGCCGAACAGCAAGGCCAGCACGGUGGAGCUAGCCAUCGAGUAUAUCAAACAGCUACAGCAAGAGGUUGUAGAGGCCAACCGGAGAGCCGAGGAGGCGGAGAAGAGGCUCGGGCUAAAGAUGGUCGAGUGA